CCUACCGGGGCGGAAGGGGCCGAACUUAUGUACAAUUAGCUAAAUCAACAUUUGACUAGUGCAGUGAAUUUGUAGACACUGUGUUUUGAAAUACGUGUGCUCUCGGUGCAAUUGCUUUCAUCGCGAUAGCCUCUUGAGCUUUCUUUCACCGCAGCAUUCCGGAAGAAUCGUUCGAAUGAAUAAUGUAGACGUACGCUCGUAACUACUCCAACACCUUUCAAUAAUGUAUCCUGCCUCGAUAAUGAAGGGACGAGCGAUUAACUAAACUUGACAUGAACGCGAUCACAGCGCCCUCCCGCAAUCAGCAUUGACUUUACCGAGAGCACGUCAUUACAGUGUUUGGUGCCUCAACAAUCAACGGGGGAGUGGAAGAGCGAGGAAUUUCUGAGUUCAACGUCGUCGACGUCGUCAACGUCGUUGCCGUAGGUUUGGCUGUCGCCGAGGGAUAAGGAACUAUGGACGAAGAAAAAGACAACGAGCGGCAACCACUGUUGAGGAGCGAAAAUGAAACCCUGCCGAAACUGUAUGGAGGAGCAGAAACAGAGCAACAAGUCAACACGGUUGCUUCUAUUGGUCCCGAUGAAUUACCACCGCCUUAUCAAGCUGUUCAGGGUAGUAUGCACAGGGUCACGUGCAGAGUUUGUCAAGCAAUGAUUGAUAUAUGUGGUAAAAGAGAUCAGCAUGUUGUCAAGUGUAAUCAGUGUAACGAAGCAACUCCCAUAAAAAAUGCUCCUGCUGGAAAGAAAUAUGUACGAUGUCCGUGCAACUGUUUGCUCAUAUGUAAAAGUUCGUCGCAGAGAAUUGCCUGUCCGAGGCCUAAUUGUAAACAAAUAAUUAAUUUAGCGCCUAGUCCGGUAACGCCACCAGCUCUGUCAAUGCCUGGAAUGUGUCGAGUUUCUUGUGGCCAUUGUCAUGAUACAUUUCUGUUUAAUACAUUAAAUAAUGCUUUGGCACGCUGUCCACACUGUCGAAAAAUAUCAUCCGUUGGACCAGAUUUUGCACGAGGACGUGGAACCCUUUUUGUUAUUCUUGGAGUCAUUAGCUUAAUUCUUGGAAUUAUUAUAACGGUUGCAACAUACACACUUGUAUAUCUUAAUGAAGGAAUCUAUGUUGCUUAUGUUGGUGCAUUCCUUAUUGCGCUUCUUUUUCUUGGAAGAAGCCUCUAUUAUUAUACAAUGAAAAUUAGUCGCAUAGAAGGUGUUGUAUAGUUUUAUUAGGAAUAUUUAAGACUGUUAUAUCAUACAAUAUCUUUUAACAUUAUAAUUGCAUAAUCUAUUUAAAUAAGUUUACAUUUAAUCUGAUUAGGAUGAAUUGAAAUGAGCUGUAUGUAUAUCAAAGAUAUAACAA